AUGGUAAUUAAAAAACGGAAUGAAGUAAAUUGCUUCAAUCCUCGUGAUUAUCAAGUCGAACUAUUAGACAAAGCAUGUAAGCGCAAUAUCAUUGUUCAACUUGGAACUGGCUCCGGUAAAACCUUCAUCGCCGUUCUUUUACUGAAAGAGUUUGGUGUUCAAAUCUACACACCAUUAGAAGAUGGAGGAAAACGUGCAUUCUUUAUUGUCGAAAAAGUAAAUUUGGUUGAGCAACAAGCAGUUCACAUUGAAAGACACACGAAAUUCAAAGUUGGACGAGUUCAUGGUCAAAUGAAUUGUGAAAUAUCACAAAACAAAGAAAGUUGUGAUAAAUUCAUCAAAGAUCAUCACGUAAGUCCUCUGAUAAUCCGAAUAAUCCACUGAUGUUUUUUUUGAAAUUCAGGUAAUCGUUAUAACCGCACAAUGCCUCCUCGAUCUCAUAAAUCAUGCAUUCAUUCAAUUGAAAAUCGCAUGUGUUCUGAUUUUCGAUGAAUGUCAUCAUUCUCUCGGAUCAAAACAUCCAUAUCGUCUGAUUAUGUCGGCUUAUAAAGAGUUGAAGCAAAGUGAGCAUUAAACUUCCAAAAGUCUUCGAAAAUUCAUUUUUUUUGCAGAAGAUGGCACAGCUGCUCGAGUUCUUGGCCUAACUGCAAGUUUGAUCAAAGAGAAAACUCCGCCAGCUCAAUUGGAAGAGAAAUUGAAUAAGUUGGAGGCAAUUAUGGAAUGUUCAAUUGAGACAGCAAGUGAUCUUGUCUCGGUGAGCAGAUUUUUAAUUAAAAUUUGACCUAUUUUCCACUUCCAGCUCUCAAAAUUCGGUGCAAAACCAUAUGAAGUUGUAGCGAUUUGUCAAAACUUCGAUAUCCGAAAUCUAAAUUGUCGUCAAAUGGUUGAGCGAAUAAUCGGAAUCUUCGACAAUGUUCGUCAAUUCAUCGAUACAACAUCAGAAAUCAAUCCAGAUCUCGAUCUCGAUCCUCGUCGACCAAUUCGUGAUAGCAUCAAAACAACAUUAGCUGUAUUGCGACAAUUGGGACCAUGGGCUGCUUGGAAAUUAUCACAGAUUUGGUAUCGAGAAUUGAAUAAAUUGAUGAAAACACAAAUGUUGCCAGAGAAAGCGAAAUUGUUUUUGAAUUUAGCGAAAACUGCGAUGGAAACUGUCAAACGAAUUUUGGAGCCAGAAAUGAAGAAUAUCAAAAGUUUAAAUCAACUCAAACCAUUUAUUCCACAUCGGCUAAUUCGAUUGUUAGAAACAUUGGAAAUGUUCUCCCCUGAAUUUCAAGAAAAACGCAUGAGAUUAGAAAAACCCGAACAUCUCUCAGCAAUUGUUUUCGUUGAUCAAAGAUAUGUUGCAUGUGCUCUUCAAAUGCUCAUUCGUCAAAUUCGCAAUUGGGAACCAGCAUUUUCAUUCUUAAAAUCAGAUUAUGUUGUUGGAGCAAGUGGUAAUAAUUUGGUAUCAAAUGAUAAUCAAGGAUUACACAAAAGACAAACUGAAGUUCUUCGGAAAUUUCAUAAAAAUGAUAUCAAUGUUCUAAUCGCGACUUCGGUUUUGGAAGAAGGUGUUGAUGUCAAACAAUGUAAUGUUGUUGUGAAAUUUGAUCGACCAUCCGAUAUGCGAUCUUAUGUUCAAUCGAAGGGAAGAGCGAGAAAACCAGGUGCACGAUAUUUGAUUUUUGUGGAAGAAGCUGAUAGUGAUCAAUGCAAUAAUGAUUUGAGGGAUUUUAAAUUGAUUGAAAAGGUGAGUUGGGAAUUUUGAAAAUGAACUCAUAACUAAACCUCAAGACAAAGUUUUUUGAAUCGGACUUCAUUUUGAGGAUUUUUUAAUCCAAUUUUUUCGAUAGAAAUCGAAACAGAUUCGAUUUUUUCGAAAAACUUCUGAACCGCAUCUUUUUUUAAACAUUUUCAGAACUGUUUUCACAUUUUUCAUCUCCCAAAUUAUCAAAAUUUUCCAAAAAAGUGGUCAGAUUCAGAAAAGAUAUCAGGCUCGAUAAAAAAUUUGUCAUCCCAAAAAUCCCAAGGAAUUUUUGCUUGUAAAGUUUAGGCACAAAAUUUUCCAUUUUUUUCGAAUUUACAUUGAGCCUUCAAAUAUUGUGAAAUAGGUUUUUUAAAAAGCUUUUCGAUUGAAAAUUCCUUCAAAGUUUCUAGUAACUAGACUCUAGUUUUAACCCCACCCUCCUUCCGAUUUUGAUCCCUAGACUUCUCCUCUUCUUCCAGCUUCUAUUGAAUCGUUAUCGAACAGUCCACAAUCCAGUCGAUGAUGAAAUUGGUUUGAAUUUGGAAAAUAUUGAUGAACUUGUCAGCCCUUAUAUCGUCGAAUCAACCGGUGCAAUUGUCCGUUUAUCAAACGCAAUUCAACUUGUCAAUCGAUAUUGCGGCAAGCUUCCAUCCGAUAUUUUCACUCGCCUCGUUCCACACAAUAAAAUCAUUCCAAUAACUGAAGAUGGAGUAACAAAAUAUUGUGCAGAACUCCUUCUCCCAAUCAAUUCUCCAAUCAAAAAUGCGAUUAAAUUAGUGAAACCGAUGCCAAAUAAGAAAAGUGCACAAAUGGCGGUUGCUUUAGAAGCUUGUCGACAAUUGCAUCAGAAAGGAGAAUUGGAUGAUAAUUUAUUGCCAAAAGGAAGAGAAUCAAUUGCGAAAUUGUUGGAGCAUAUUGAUGAUGAACCGGAUGAAUAUGCACCUGGAAUAUCGGCAAAAGUUGGAUCGGCUAAACGAAAACAAUUAUAUGACAAAAAAGUGGCGAGAAGUCUUCAUGAAUGUCUCAUCGAACCUAAUAAAACAUGUUAUAUUUAUGUGUUGGAUUUGGAAAGAGUUCGCGAACCCGAAUUGUAUACAAAUCCAAAGCGUCGCAAAUUUGUUGACCCAAAUCAAUAUGAAUAUUGUUUUGGAUUCUUGUCAUCACGGAAAAUCCCAAAAGUUCCACCAUUUCCGGUUUAUUUGAGACAAGGAGAUAUGAGAGUUCGAUUGAUUUUGUCGGAUACGGAAAUUAUUGUGAAUAACCAGGAUUUUGAGCAAAUUAAACUGUUUCAUGAUUAUUUAUUCACACAAGUUCUUCAAUUGUGCAAAUCUGACAAUUUGAUGUUUGACACGUCGACAAAUACACCAAUUAAUACAUUGAUUGUUCCAUUGAACAAAAGUGAGUGAUUUUUUUUUCUUUAGAAAAAUUCUUCACAAAAAUCAAUUUUUUUCAGAUCCAAAAGCUACAGCUGGUGGCAUUUACUCUAUAAAUAUGAAAUAUGUUUCACAAGUCGUUGCAAAUAUGCGAAAAAUGCCACGUGUACCAGACGAAGAAACACGAAAACAAUACAAAUUCAACCCAGAUGACUACAAGGAUGCAAUAGUUAUGCCGUGGUAUCGAAAUGUUGAAAGACCCGCGUUUUAUUAUGUUGCUGAAUUAUUGCCAGAAAUGUCACCAAGUUCGCAAUUUCCCGAUGAUCAUUAUACAACUUUUAAUGAGUAUUUCAUCAAGAAAUAUGAUAUUCAGAUUUAUGAUCAGAAUCAAUCGUUGUUGGAUGUGGAUUAUACGUCACAGUGAGUUUUGAAUGAAAUGUUGCUGGGCAGCUGAUUUUUGUUCCCAGAAAGUUUUGCCCAUUUGAAAAAAAUUCUGGGCUUCAAAUAUUAAAACUGGAUUAGGACAUUUGAAUUUUGACAUGAGCAAUCCAACCCCAAAAAUUAAAAAAAAGUUCAAGUUUCCCGCCAAAUUUUCUAAAAUUCCACCUCGAAAAUUGCAUUUUUGUUUAAUAUGAGCAAUCCCCAAAAACUAGUUUCCCGCCGAAUUUUUUUUUCAAACUUCCACGUGGAUUUAUUUUUUGUUUAACAUGAGCAAUCCCCAAAAACUCGAGUUUCCCGCCUAAUUUUUUAAAACUUCCACGUGGAUUGUUUUUGAUUAACAUGGGCAAUCCCCAAAAAUCAAGUUUCCCGCCGAAUUUCUCGAAGUUCCACGUGGAUUUAUUUUUUGUUUAACAUGAGCAAUUCUCAAAAACUAGUUUCCCGCCGAAUUUUUUUAAACUUCCACGUGGAUUUUUUUUUGAUUAACAUGAGCAAUCACCAAAAAUCAAAUUUUGUGCCGAAUUGUUUUGUAAACUUCCACGUGAAUUUUUUGUUUAACAUGAGCAAUACCCAAAAACCAAGUUUCCCGCCGAAUUUUUUGUAAAUUUCCACGUGGAUUUUUUUUUGUUUAACAUGAGCAAUCCCGAAAAAUCACGUUUCGCGUAAAAAUGUUCAAAAUUCCACGUGGAUUGUUUUUGAUUACCAUGAGCAAUCCACAAAAAUCAAGUUUCGCGUAAAAAUGUUCAAAAUUCCACGUGGAUUAUUUUUGAUUAACAUGAACAAUCCUCUCAUAGACUUUUCUCAUAUAAUUUCAUAUUCCUUCUCAAUUUCAGCCGGUUGAAUCUUCUUCUGCCUCGCCAUCAAAGAUCAAAUCGUCGAUCAACAACAUCGGAAGCAUGCGAAUCACAAGAAUCAGUCAUAUCACCAGCCUCUUCUCCAGCACCCGGUGAAAAACCAUCGCACAAUACACAACGACAAAUAUUUGUUCCCGAAUUAAUGGAUAUUCACCCGAUUUCGGCCACACUUUGGAAUGUUAUCGCCGCGUUGCCAAGUGUCUUUUAUCGAUUGAAUCAAUUGCUAUUGACUGAUGAAUUGAGACAAACUAUUUUGAUUAAUGCGUUUGGAAAAGAUAAGGUAAGUUGUUAGGGUUAUUAAAUGAAAAAUUCGCUAUUUCAGGCAACUGUGGAAGUGACUGAUAAUCUUGAAUGGCCACCUUUAUCAUAUCCUUCAACUUAUGAAGAAAAACAAUCUGUUGUUGUGAGCAAAUUGCAACAAUUAAAGGAAUUGAAUAAGAAAACGCAAAGUAAAGAGAAUAAUGAAACUGAAGAUGAUGGGGUGAGUUGUUCUACUAGAAAUACAUUUCAACAAAAAUCUUUUUAGAAAUUCAAAAUCGGAGUUUGGGAUCCAGAAGAUGCGAUUCGAUGUGGUUUGGAUGUUUCUUUGCCAAAUAAUGAUACUAAUCGAAUGAAUUAUGAUGGAGACGAUGAUACGAUUGGAUUGAUGUCGGGACUACACGAUGGAAAUAUUUCGGAUGAAGAUGAAGCCGAUUUGGGGCCGUUUGUUAUGCAUGACUAUAAGCAGAGGCUGACGUCACAAUUGCAACUUCAACCGAGUGAUGAAUUGUGGGCACCGAGAGAGGGAAUUGUUGCGAGUGGAUGGGGUGAUUUGGAUGAUGACGGGGAUGUUGAUGAACAUUCGUCGAGAUUUGUGAGUUUAAUUGUUAAGAAUCAGCGCCUAGUGAACUUGGUUCUCAAGGAGCCACGCCUGAUGAGCUGAAUUGCCUAGAACCCGCUUCUGGAAAUCCAGUCUGGCAAGGAACCGCCUCUUGCGAACUUCUGUCUCAAGUAAUCGAGCCUUGAAAUCCUAGGUUUCAAGUAGUCGACCCUAGAAAAUUCAAUUGUCAAGGAUCUGCGCCUAGAAAUCCUAGUCCUCAAGUAGCCGCGCCUAGACAGCCUAAUUGCCUAGGUCUGGCGCCUAGAGAAGCACUUUGUCUAGGUACGGCGCCUUGAAGGCUUCUGGCUCAAGUAGUCAAACCUAGAAAUCAAAGUUCUCAAGUAGCAGCGCCUAGAAACUUCGCUUGUCAAGAACCAGCGCCUAAAGAGCCUAGUUCUCGAGUAGCCGCGCCUUGAGAGCUUCUGUCCCAACUUUUGUCUCUAGAAAUCAAAGCUCAAGUAGCCGCGCCUUGAAAAUUCAAUUGUCAAGAACCCGCUUCUAGAAAUCCACUCUGGCAAGGCACCGCCCCUUGAGAGCUUCUGCCCCAAGUAGUCGACACCUAGAUAUCCUAGCUGUUAAGUAGUCGCGUCUUGGUCAAGGAUCAACGCCUACAGAGCCUAGUUCCCAUGUAGCAGCGUCUAGAGGGUAUAAUUUUUGAAGCCUUCAAAAAGUUGCUCAUAUUUUUUUUCACAGGAAAUAAUUGCUGAUGGACAAACGACUGGAUUCGAUUUGAAAUCAUUGAUGGAAGAUGUUGGAAGACAUGUAAAUGUUGCACCAACUGUUGCCCCGGAAAUCAUAAAAUCAGAAAAAGAAAUUGAAGAGGAAUUGAAAAAGAGAGAAAGAAUCAAAUUGUUGGUGAAAGCUCAAGAAAAAUUGGAAACUUUAGAUGUUUCGGAUGCGAGAGAAUGUAAUCGAAAACCAGAGGAAAUUAUUGAUUUGGAUGAAUUUGAUGAUAAUGAAGAAGUUGAGAAUCGCAAACAAAUGAGCGCGGAUGAUGAAAUUAAAGAAUUGAUGAAUGGAGAGGAAUUGAAGAAUAGGCAAGAUGCAGAAAUGAAGAAGAUUGAUUGUGGAAAUCGAAAUAUGAGCAAUGUUUUGGUGAAAUUGGAAACACAACCAACGUUUUCAUUCAAAAAAGAGUCGCCAACAAUGCAUGGAUUAAGAGCAAAUAUCAGUGAUAUUUCACAUUUGGAUAAUGAAAUUGGAUAUGGAGUAUCACCGUGUUUAUUAUUAACUGCAUUAACAACAUCGAAUGCAAGUGAUGGUAUGAGUUUGGAGAGAUUUGAAACAAUUGGAGACUCGUUUUUGAAAUUUGCGGUCACUGAUUUCCUUUAUCAUAAACACGAGGAACAACACGAGGGGAAAUUGUCAUUUGCGAGAUCGAAAGAGGUUUCGAAUUGUAAUUUGUAUCGAUUGGGAAAGAAAUUAGGAAUUCCACAAUUGAUUAUUGCAUCCAAGUUUGAUGCGCAAGAUUCAUGGCUUCCACCUUGGUAAGUUCAAAAUUUUUUUUAUUUGAAAUUCUAUUUCAAAAAAAAAAAUUUGUAGCUACGUUACUACUGUGGAUUUCAAAGCGCCGAAUACAGAUGAUGCUGAAGAACGAGAUAUUGAAAUGGAGAAAAUAUUGGAGGGACAAGUUGUUGAGCAAAAGGUGGGAUUUUUGAAAGAGGGGCUCAACUCCUAACAUGAGUUAUGACGUGGCAAAAAUCAGAAAUUUCAAAAAAUCGUAACUUUGCGGUCUCUAUUUGACUUCCCAGACAUCUUCAUCAAAAACGAAGCACGUGGCGUUUUUUAGCAUGAUUUACACAAAUUCAGAAGUAUAUCUGAACUUGGAAAGAUUUUUACAAGAAAAAAAUCCACAUUCCAAUUUUCAGGUUGAGAAACCGACGGGUUGGGACGAAGGAGGUGAAGUAUCAAAAACAACAUCAGAUGGAAUCGAAACGAUAACUUUCCCCAAACAAAAAGGAGCUGUAAACGAAGAUAUCUCACCGUUACCCUAUAAUCUUCUCACACAACAAAAUAUUUCGGAUAAAUCGAUUGCCGAUGCAAUGGAAGCCCUAAUCGGUGUUCAUUUAUUGACCCUUGGCCCAAAUCCAACAUUAAAAGUGAUGUCUUGGAUGGGUUUGAAAGUUGUGGCGAAUACAUCGAAUGUUGAUGAACAAAUUGAACGUGAUCCACUUCUCCGAUUUAUUGAUACACCAACUGAUAAAAAUGCAUCAAUUCGAGCACUUGAUAAUAUUUGGCAACAAUUUCAAUUCGUUCAACUUGAAGAGAAGAUUCGAUAUCGAUUCAAGAAUCGAGCAUAUUUGGUUCAAGCAUUUACACAUGCAAGUUAUAUCAAUAAUCGGGUAACUGGUUGUUAUCAAAGAUUGGAAUUCUUGGGAGAUGCGGUUUUGGAUUAUAUGAUAACUCGUUAUUUAUUUGAAGAUGUUCGACAAUAUAGUCCGGGAGUUUUGACAGAUUUGCGAAGUGCUCUUGUAAAUAACACGAUUUUUGCGUCGCUUGCUGUGAAAUUUGAUUUUCAAAAACAUUUUAUUGCAAUGUGUCCUGGUUUACAUCAUAUGAUUGAGAAGUUUGUGAAAUUGUGCUCGGAGAGGAAUUUUGACACGAAUUUCAAUGCUGAGGUAAUUUUCAUUAUCAUUUUUUGAAAAAUAUAUUUUUUCUAAUAGUUUCAGACCCGCUCUGUUGUUUGAAAUUGAAAAAAAACUCAACUCUUAAUGUGAGUUAUGACGUGGCAAAGUUUCAUAAUUUUGAAAAAUUGGGACUUCCGGAGCUGAAAACUAGGUUCAAAUAAUAAUUUUUAAAAUUGUGUAAGCAAAAAAAAAUUUAGAUUUCAAGAAAAUCAUUUUUUUUUGCCACGUCAUGACUCAUAUUUGAGGUUGAGUUUUGCAAUUUUAGACAUUGGGAAAUUCAUCAACAUAUCUGAAACUACUAGAAAUAAUUUAUUCUCGAGCAAACCUCACCCAAGAACCUGGAGAAGUGGGUAAAAAAUUACCCACCUGGGUUUAUUUACAAAAAUUGCCCACCUAGUAAAAAAAUUUUGCCCACCUGAGGCUCGCCUUAAAGACCCUGAAAAAUUUUGCCCACCUAGGUUUUUCGAGAAAAAAAAUUGCCCACCUGGAAUUCCAGGUCUUGGGUGAGGUUUGAUUCUCGAGUAAAUUUUGAAACAUUUUUUUUCUUGUAAAAAUAUUUUUACAAAAAUUCAGCCCAAGCUUACUAGAAUUAUGAGAAAUUUUUAAGUUUCUGAGAUUUGAAAAAAAUUUCAUUUUCAAAAUCCCCUAAAAAUAUACGUUUCAAAAAAUUGUGAAAUUACAAAAAAUUUAUGGAAAAAUGAUAUUUCAUAAAAAUAUUUAUAAAAUCGUUUUGCAUUCAUGUUGUAAUCAAUUCUUCUUUAUGAUUACACAGAGAGAAUAUUUUUCAUUAAAUAGCCAGCCAGAAAUGAUGAAAUAUUUAUGAUUCGAUCCUUUUGGAAAAAUAUUUUUUAUGGGAAUUUUCUGGAAAAAAUGUUUUUUAUACAUAUUUUGUUAAAAAUCUAAAAUUAACUAUUUAUUUUGCAGAUGUACAUGGUAACAACAGAAGAAGAAAUCGAUGAAGGACAAGAAGAAGAUAUCGAAGUUCCAAAAGCAAUGGGUGAUAUAUUCGAAUCACUUGCUGGCUCAAUUUAUCUUGAUUGUGGAAGAAAUUUGGAUGUCACAUGGACGGUUAUUUUUGGAUUAAUGAAAACGACAAUUGAAGAAUGUUGUGCAAAUCCGCCAAGAUCACCGAUUCGAGAAUUGAUGGAGUGGGAAUCGAGUAAAGCGAGAUUCAGGUUGGUUUUCAUUCUAUUUCAAAAAAAAAUAAUAAUUCUUUGCUCUAUAAUGUUAUUGAAAUGAUGUUGAUCUUGGGUUUUAAUUUGAAUAUUCGCUUGACUUCAUUUCGUAAUUGUCUGCAAUUUUAUCUUAUCUUUUCUUAAUUUUUCAAAUCUAUCUAAUUACUCACCUAUUAAUAAUUAGUAAAACAAUCGGUGAUACAUAACUACAACAAAUCCACAAGACAUUAAUAAACGCUUGUAUUUUAAUAUCACUCAUAUUAAACCAAUCUUCUCCCUUAUGCCAUAAGGUUAUUAUUAAAGUCAUGUAUGAGGUUACAAAGGUGCAUUGUAUCAUAAUUGAUAAUUCAUUUUUUCUUCGAAAAUGUUGGGUUUCCCUCCUUCUUUUAUAUAUUAUAAAAAUCAAUAUAAUAUAAAAUAAAUAUGAAAUAAUAAGGCAAGAAAGGCUAACAAAUAAUUCUGCGUUUUGGAAAAAUAAAGAAUAUUGAACUGAGUUAUCAUAACUCCAAGAUGGAGCAUAGAAUGUGAUAUUUUGACUGAUAGAUCCGCUCAAAAAAAUGAAAAAUAACCAGGAAAAAGUUAUUAAUAGGGUUAAUCUCAAGUAGCGAAUCAUUUUUAUAGAAUUUAUUCGAUUUGUGAAAAUUAACACUCGAAAAAUUGAUAAAAUAGCCAUAGUUGGAAAUUGGGCAAUCCACAAAGUAUUCAUAAAACAACCAAUAACCCGUAUAAAAUGAUCAUAAGAUAUUUGAAUAUUUGGAAAGAUUAAUAUUGGACUUGUUAGAAAAUGACCGAUUCCUUGACCAACUUCGAAAAUAUGCAUCAAAAACAUUAAUUUAUAGGAGGUGUUCGAUUUUCGCUUAUUUUUUGAGAAAAUUGCGGGCAUUGUUAGAAUAUGUAGGGGGAAAAUGCAGAAAGAUGUGAAAAAAUAUAGAAAACCGAUGUGAAUCAAGGUUGAAUUUGAAUUUAUUUCAAAAAUUGAUGAGUUCAUUUUUGUUUUAAAAAUAAAGCAGUGAUUAAUUAAUUUGAUCUUUAAAUAUUCAAAUUUUAUUCAAAAUCGUAUUUUAUAAUUAAUGCGUCAAAUACUCUGAAAAAGACAAAAUCAUAUGAUUUUUUUCAGCAAAAUGGAAAGAAUUCUCGAGACUGGAAAAGUGCGUGUGACUGUUGAUGUUGGAAAUAAUAUGAGAUUUACUGGAAUGGGACGAAAUUAUCGAAUCGCAAAAUCGACGGCCGCGAAAAGAGCACUCAAAUAUUUGCAUGCUGUUGAAAAUCAACGAAAAACAUCGGAAGCUUGA